CGGUAUUCGGCAAGAUGCGCAUCGGCCCUGGGACCUUCACACAGCUGUGCGGCUUCCAACCUCCAGCACGACAAAAUUCACAUCAUCCACCACAGUCCAUUAUCAACGGCAAGGUAUGUUCGAACUUGCUUUCUGGAGCCAUACAUUCUCACCACCGAGCCUGGAAAGUCCAUUCCCCACCAUGCGCGUACAGAUGGUGGCGGGGUAGUAUACUUCCCACGGCUCGUGCUGGAUCAAUUGUAUAAUUGCACAGUGCGCAAUGCUAACGACCGCUUAACACAGCACUUCAAGCUCGUCCGAAUCACAAAAUGGCCAACCCUAGAGUCGAAGAGCUCCCCGACGAGGAAGUCCCCAAGGCGAACGUCGAAGAUGCGGGCAGCAGCUCCGAGUCUGAGGCUGGAGAGGAGCCCACCAUCCCCGGCGGCGCCGCUGUCACCAUUCACUCCCGUAACGAGAAGAAGGCCAGAAAGGCCAUUGGAAAGCUCGGCCUGAAGCACGUCCCUGGAAUUACUCGUGUCACCCUCCGCAGACCCAAGAACAUCCUCUUCGUCAUCAACCAGCCCGAUGUCUACCGAUCCCCCUCCAGCAACACCUGGAUCAUCUUCGGUGAGGCCAAGAUUGAGGACCUGAACUCCCAGGCUCAGGCCUCCGCUGCCCAGCAGCUGGCUGCCGCCGAGGCCGCCGGCAACGGUGACGCCCACGCCGGUCACGACCACGACCACGACCACGACCACGGCAAGGGCAAGGCCCCUGAGACCGAGGCCAAGAAGGAGGAGGAAGAGGAUGAUGGCGAGGAGGUUGACGACUCCGGCCUCGAGGCCAAGGACAUUGAGCUCGUCAUGGCUCAGGCCAACGUCUCGAGAAAGAAGGCCGUUAAGGCUCUUAAGGAGAACGACAACGAUAUUGUCAACUCCAUCAUGGCUCUCAGCAUAUAAUGAUGGCCUGUGUGACGUUCUCAUAGGUCAGGGAGUCGGUCCUGGCUGUGACUUUCGAAUCAGCUGCAGUCAGGACCGAGUCCGAACGAUAGUUAGGCAGAUAUCCCUCGGGAGGCUGAUUCCUCUGGCGGUUGCCGUGUAAAUCAGUUCAGUAAAAGAAAUGCGAACCACUUUUCCUGCCAUUGUAUUUUCCAAGAGUCAAUUUAAUAUGGUGCAUUGUGUACGUAGAGCUGUCAGUUGUCCAGAUGACCCUAUUA